AUGCAGACAAUUGUUUCGCGGUUACCUCCAUCACCGCAGCAGUCUUUCGAAGAUGACGAUUAUAUUUCAAUGCCAGUCAGACCGUACUUAAAAAAUCAUUUCAUGUUUAGGAAACAGUGUGGAGUGAAGACGAGGAGGAUCAUUUUCCUACUUGGGCAGACUCUAAUGAAGUAGAGUUGGGAGACGAUAUUAUCGCGCAGUUAGAGCGCAUAGUCACGUUUAGACAACAGGUGUUUACUAUUCUCAGUACUAUUCCGCCGAAUGAUCAACGCACUGGUUAGUGUUUAACAAUGUUAUCUUGCAUGUUUAACUUUCGUAUUUAAUAACUCUAGCACCAUUGUGGAUUUUUGGAUGUUCUGCCUUCAAAUUUGUCAUUUUCUUACCAUGCUGGUAGUUUGGUUGUAUAAGGGAUCUUUUAUACAGUCGUUCCACCCCACAGGACGCUUAGAAAUUCUAAAAGUUUCUUUUAGACAAAAAUCGACUUUUUGCCAGCAAUUUGCCACUGCACCUUUUAAACCCUAGCUCCAUCAUGGGUCCUUUUUGACUGUCAUUUGCUGUUAUCGCCAUUAAAUAACCACUGAUUUCCGAUUGUCAUAGCACCUGUUCUGAAUUGUUUGCUGUGCACUUGAGCAGCCUUCUUGUCAGCCUGCUGGCAGUAACGUUACAGUUUCUGACCCAGUUCUUAGGACUAUCUCCAUUCAAGUGGCACUUUAUCAACAGCAAUGAUCCAGCACUUCUCAUUCCUUAUCCGACCUUGGAUCAGCUAGCAUUAAUGCCUAUCUAACGGACUCCAGAGUCCGCGACAUCAAGAAUCAGUGUAACCUCUGUUCUGCAAUUGUCGAUUAGACCCUUAGAAAUUGUUGGGAUUCCAUUCUCGAACACCAAACGCCACCUAUCCAAGCAUUUUCUCAAGGUCCCCAUUGAUCACACGCCAAAGUCUUCGGUCGUUCGCCGCGGCGGUGGCGCCAAUUUGGGUAGAGGAGAUUGUGUGUUUCACAAGCUCCCCUUCGUAAUGGUCGAUCACGUGAUUACGAAAUAAUAGGCACUUCCAGAAUUAGCAGGACGUGGUCCGGAAGAGUUAUAUGCGGCGGAUUAUCUUCUCACGACACUGACUAAACGUAGCACAGAUAAACACAGAUAGGUAAAACACCCUCCCACCCGCCUCCGUGAUGGGCUCGAGUGAGGAUCCGAAACGCCAGACCAACAAACUUCUUACUCCAGUGGUUACAUCUUCUUCUAAAGAGGAUAGUGUCUUGCGAUAUGAAGCCAUCGAUCAACAUUUUGGUCUCCCAAGCUUCAAUUUCUAUGCAGUGCUAGAGGCAAGAACUAGAGGGUCGGUCACAGAUUGUGCUUAUCCUAAGUUUCUGUGCAGGGCGAUGUCGUCGGCGUACUCAAAUUCCGUGAUGAACCUCAGUCGUACCUGAGCCAUUUCAUGGUGGGCUUCUCACGGAACCGAAUUUGUCGCAUACCUUUUCUGGCCUGCUGAGGGAACAGUCUUGUGAAACACCAGCUUUCGCGAUUAAAUACUUCGGGACAUAGCUUGAUGGCGCACCGUCAGGCAGAAUGACCUUUCACCGCACAGGUUUGUACUAAUUAUUUCGGUAAAUAUUAUGCUACUUCGACGCGGAUUUUGUGAAUUGGUUGUAAGCAGACCCUUGUGCUUCCAAACGGUCGCUUAAAGACGAAUGAUCAGUAAUCGAAUUUUAUCAGAAAAUACAACGAAAACUGGGGUAAGUGUUUUUACCCUUUUUAUCAUCAUCAAUCUGUCAUAUCCCAAUCAAAAUUAGGGAAGGUCUGACGUCCAAACCCAGACCAACUUUUUUCUGAGCAUUCCGGUCAGGCACUGUUUCUUAAGUCAGAUACCCACAUCUUGCCAACAACAAUCCGAACCUGUAUCUUCAGGACACAAACACCCAUUUCCAUCUUACAUUAUGGGUAAAUCGGCGAACACCACCCUUAUUUGAUUCUAGGCACUGUCGCUUGCACUCAACAAGACGUGGCCCUGUGGGAUAAAUGGCACUUUUUGAUUCGCACGCCAGAUAACCAAUUGGCUCGAUUUAGAAUAUUAAUGGUCAUUUUUGUCAACCUUAUCUUUGUCGGCUGCACACAUUAGAUGCUGGCAAUGACAAACGAACGUUGGAGACGCUUUUACGUCAGCACCACAAACAAUCAUCAGCUGAACUCGUUGGUUGUCUUAUCUCCCUCUAACUUACUGGGCGUUGCCGAUUACACACCGCUAGCACAGACGAGCACAACCUCCCAGACAAAGUGUGCAACAAGCAUUUACAUCUCUCAGCUUCGCUGUGUUUGCUUAUACUUCUUACGACCAUGAUCAUGUCUAGUCCGGCCUACCUCGAUGAUGUCACAGGUCGUACCUCUCCACGCGUGACGAUCUGCAGCGGCGAUCCUGGCGAGCCAGGCCCGCUCUCUCCAUCAGCAUUGGAGACUAAACACCUUAGGUUUAUUGACCACCUACCAGUCCUGACAGAUUGUAUUGGCCAGGAUUUCAGUCAAUGUCAUCGAAGCCUACAGGUGCAUACUAGCGUUAGGUCAAACACCAAUGAUCUGACGGGGUCGACGACGAAGGACGUGCUUGAACCCCCCAGUCGUUUCCGUCGGUUUGCCUGAGAUACUCUUGCGAUGUCGUCACAAUGGGUGCGGAAUAUCUCAUUCGAGACGAAGAAGGUAUACUUCGUGCGAAGGCUGGUUCUCGGGCAGCGAUGCUAAAGUGCCUCUAGACUUCGCCCGUCGUUCCUGCAUAUAGCCCAGCAUUCGCAAUCGCAUAGGACUUAUUGGAUGGAUCUAUCCCGUCGGGUCCACAGGCCCGUUCUACGGAUUGUGAAAGCCCUGCGAGUAGCAUCAAUCCGGGAGACUUUGUCGUUUUGCCCUGUCCAUUCGGCAGAGCCCUCGCCCCGAGAGGUUUGCAACUGUCCUCUUCCUCAAAUUGACAGUCAAUAAUUCGGGAGGGGGCGCCUUCUCCUGGUGAAGGAUACAGUUCGGAAGCAACUUGGUCUUCCCAUUCCUUGUAUAAAGACCGACUGAUUUAGCGAAUUCAUUCACCCCGACACCACAUCCUAUAGGUCAGCAAACAUAGACGCUAGCAGGACGGUAUCGUCUUCGUUGUCUAGUUCAGCCAGCCGGCCCCCAUGUGCCAGUCUAACACCAUAAAAAUCGUGUAGGGCCCCUCUGAGAAUCAGGUCGAUAAUGCAGUUGAACAGAGUACAACCUUGUCGAACGUCAGACCCAAUUUCAAAGAGCAGUCUGAAGACUCCAUUUUUACGGACCAGUGGCGCAAGCACUCGACGCCUGCUAUUGUGUCCGCACUGUCAACGGGGAUCGCACCGGCCUCGUUAAACACCGCCGACCCUGUACAGUGCCAACACGACCAGACCGUGCCUCAUCUCGUGAAACACUACCAUUAGUAUCACUGGUGAGGAUACUCUUACCGUCCUGCCAAACAUCACUAUCAUCGCCCCUUUCACCGGCAAUGUGGACUUAAUUCCAGCCUGUCCAUGUUUCGAUCGCAACUUCGAUUGAAGAUCGGCCCAGUCGGUCACUUUCGCACACGUCGCACUGAAACGGACGAACCAGCGUGAGGAGUCCCGACAUACGCCCGUCAAUCCCGCCCCAUCUGCCCCAGGACAUUUAGACGCUACAUUGUUCUAUUCGGCCAUAUAUAUGUACCUCUGUGAAAAUCGUUGGCAAAAAACCGCAGUCCAGAUCCUAUUACCACACCCCGCUCUACCUGUACAUACACCCCCCGGAUAUACAUGAGACUGCUCCACGACGCUUGCACACGCAAUACUACCGAAACAUCCACUGUCUCUCUCUUGCAGCAGGAGUACAAUCCAUUUGCUAUCAUUGGGAUGGCAAGAGGGGGGGGGUAAGCGUAGUAUACCAGAUCAUGCGCAUCCCAGCUGGGUGCGGAGCAUGUCCUGUAGUGUAUCCUGACACAUGAAGUGGGACCAUGUCGUGUGUAGCACGCGCGAACGGGCUGUUUAGCUUUGUUGGGGACUGUGCCCAAUCUCACCGCCGGUUGUUUGACCGGCCCAGAUAGCAUCCUUGUGCAUGAGAGAAGAAAGAAAAUGAGACUGACACUGGGGGAAUCAUUCUCCACGGCAAACCAGCACCUUAAAUCUAUCUCGAAGGGCAAGCAGUCAAUACAAGGAAGGCUAUCAGCCGACGGAAUAACUCGGUCAUUCUCAAGACUGACAGUCAAGCUGUAAUGGCUCCUCACCGUGGCCGUUCUGACAUCCUCAAUUAUGUUAUGCAGUGAGAACCAAGUCGUGCCUGACACGAAUAGGUAGGCUGUUUAGCCUUACCACCCACUGCAUUAUUGCUCACCUCAAAUAAUUUCGAUAUUGUCUUGUCACUGGAGAAAGCUGGGUGAAGGAGGAGAAAGUGCUGUAGAUGCUAUGCACGUCCGCUUCACUUGAAACUAGUUCUCGCGCAAUUCGCCAGCGUUGCGCCCACUCCGUGGGGCACGCGGCAAACAUCGUCGCGUGGGAGACGCUCCCGGGAUCUUAAUUUCCCGAGAGCCUAGUUUGGGAAUUCACUUUGAACAAGUAGAAGACAUCCACAUUGUACUGAUGAGGGCUGCCUACAGUCGAAUUUUAGACACUGGGUCGAAGGACUUUCACACCUCCCAACAUCCAACACCAAAGGUUGGUUCCCGACUGGGUAGUCCGGCUUGCAUACUGUCUUCACGCACCACCGCACCGAGAUAGCGGAGCGCGUCGGUUCCCGCGAACGUCGUAGCAUAGAUCGCAAUAAUUUAAUCAGACAUUGUUACAUGGUUUCUUGGGUAUCUUGAGUGCAGACUGGUAUCAAGCAACCUCUUGGACUGUUUGUUCGAGGCAGUCUCCCCUAACGCUACGGCUCAAUAAUCAGGGUUCACGGCUACCAUACCACAUUGCCGUCAUCGGAUUUUGCAAUGUUUUACGAGGCAGUCACCGUACCAGACCUCAAUCGUCCACGUCCGAGUUGUAUUUUCACUGCUGGUCCGCGAUGGGUUAUUCGUCAGACCUGAGUGCCUGCUUAUUUCACAACUAUGCUUCGCUGGGGGCCGUUCCACUAUCCGCCAUCUGUGGACGCGGUGGUGGGCCAGCAGCUAGGCUAAUAGAUAAACCCGUCAUCCCUGUCUGUCUAUUGGCUCCAAUCCAUAUUGUAUGUGCUCACUUCUUGCUGUUGUUUUUCCUCGUAUUUCGCGUUACCUGUGACAGUUAUUGUCAUUCAUUUCUCGGCAGCUAAUCUAGCAGACAGUAGUAAUUAGCAACUCCGACGCAUCACAGCCAGCCUGUUCUUGUGUAUAACCAGAUCUUGACGGCCGUUAUCCGUCUUAACUGUUAGUGAUAUUAUUUAAACGAAUCCAUGAUAGCAAAUUUUUGUAAUUUUUAGAACUGAAGUAUGACCUUAUGCAAAAAGUGGAAAGUCUCGAGACGCGCGCCAUUGUCUUUCUCACACUUCCGCCAAAAUCAGUUUAUGGGGACGACUACACCCAGGUUGAUGACAACAUUUAUGCCCCUUUCGGCCGUUUUAUCGCUGACGCCGAACACUACCUCAGACAGGCAGUCGCUCUUGCCGAAAGCAGGGAUCCUCUAGAAGAGACCGCUUCGGACAUGGAUCAGGUGUCUUCUUCUGUGAGUUCGCAACUGAAUGCCGUUCGAUUACUUCGAAAGUCUACUUUGUUUUCGCGCUCCUUCUAAGUAUGCGUCUCUUUGACAGGAGUCCGAAUCGUCGGUGGAAGAGCCGCCAGUCUGCAUACCUGGGUUCUCUAGAACCCAAGCCUUAAGGGUCACGAAGGCCAUCGAGAAUGCCAUUUUCUCUCUCCUCUCGGAUCCUCAAUAUCGCACUUCGACCGCUCUUGUAAAAACUGUCAUUGGCUCGGCAUGUAGUCAGGUAGGUCCCUACUUCUUUUCCUAAGUACUUUCCCGAAUGUAAUACUAUCUCUGUGGAUUGCUUUCAAUUUCUACUAAUUCCCAGCACUGUCUGCUGACUUUUAUUUUUUUCAGAUUACACGAAACGAUCCAGAACACUGCUUGAACCGAACGAACUAUUUGCUCACCUUCUUAAAAGGUGCAGCGGUGCGACCUCCAGGGUCGACUAUUCAAGGCGGUGAUCGGUUCUGUCUGGACGCUUUACCCGGGGGACAUGGACGAACUUACGCCUGGCACUGUCUUAUCACCGCGGCUAUUGCUCAGGCGAAACACCAAUUUGCCUAUUCUCUGGAGAGCACCCUGCCGUUCGCGGCUGUGCUAGCUACACUCCUCAGCUGCUAUCCAGACGAAGUGGUAGGCAUACAUUUUCCCGACACGAAUCACAAAAGUUUGUCAGUAUGACAAAACAAACCUGCCCCCUUUGAUUGUCGUCGAUCGGAAUAAGUUAAUCCACGCGAAAGACCGUUUUCAGAAAGUCACCGCCAGGCCUGUGCAAGUGCAUAUAUAGGACUUAGAAAUAGAUCGUUAGGUGAAAGAAUCAACGUCGUCAUUUCCCCAGUAUACUGCCUAUUCCAGAGCGAAUUAUGUAUACUAAGAAGUCUCACUGUCUCACUGAUGCGCCCGCGAAGCGAAAUGCUGCCCACAUGAACAGCAAUGACCGACCAGUCCACCGGCUGACGGGAGAGACCAAGCGGCACGUUGAUAUGACUACAAUUACGCCGACCCCACAGGGAACAAAGGUCACACAGGCCUGUCCGCGGUCAGCCCCGGGGAGGUCUAAGCCACUCGGUGGCAAGUAGGCAGGUCAAAGUUCGUGUGUCGAGCACGGCUAUAAUACGAGGCAAGCGGCAAGACUGAACAAGUCAAGGCCGGCAGGAGCGGAGAAUACGCUACUCUGAUGAUGGAAACGAGGAAGUUUCCGAAACGUCAGUUCGAAUACAAUAUGGUCCAUGAAUUCGCCCUCACUUCUUCUUCGGCAGAUGAUCAACGCGAUACCAAGAAAUGUAUAACUUCUUUUUACAAAUGCUCUGUUCAAGCCACAUGUGUUCUGCCUUCAUAGAUUCCGUGGGUUCACUUCGCACCUAUUCUCCAUACCAGGUCUUCAUAAGCGUAUAGGCCAUGACAUAACUCCGUUAGUCCAUUCCUGUAUUCGCAGAGCCUCUAGCCGUUGUCCGCUGCAUCUUGCUCAGAUUCGUCAUCCAUAAGUUACUGACAGUUGUCCCAAUGUAGGCAGUAUGACACUUAUAGGGGUUUUAGUCUCACCGCGACUUGAAUUGCUGCCCCUAGACAUGAAACGAGGCCUGGGCAAUGAAGUCUUAUCGGACAUCGAGGGACAUUCUCAGCGUCAUGAUUUUAACGUAGGUGGAGUCCUUCUUCGGAUCACUAACUUCUCUGAUUAAUGACAGGUCAUACCUUAGAAUAUUAGUUUCCCAUGGUCAGCCGAGUGGGACGGACGAAGAAAUGGCUAAGGGAAGGGCGAGUGCACUUGCUGGCCUAGUUGCUGGUCACCUGUCGCGUCCACAGAUGGCGGAUAGGGGAACGGCCUCCAGCGCAGCAUUGUUGAGAAAUAAGCAAGCACUCGAGUCUGAGGAAUAACCCGUCGCGGACCAGCAGUGACGACUGAGGUUUGGUACCUGGAUUUUCUUAUAAAAUAUUGUAAAAUCCGAUGACGACACUGUUAUAUGUCAACCGCGGACUGCUAUUAAGUACGUUUGUUUACCACGACUGCCUUGUGCUUAGAUUCUUCAGCCGCAGCGCUAGGGAAGACUGCCUUGAACAAACAAUCCAAUAGGCUGUUUGCUUCCAGCCUUCACUGAAGAUACCCAAGAAUUCUCGUAGCAGUCUGAUUCAAUUACUACGAUCCGUGCUACGACGUCCUCGGGAACCGCCGCGCUCCGCUACGUUGGUGCGGGCAGGUAAUGUGCGAGCGGGGCUACCAGUUGACUUCAACCAAUGCUCGGCAUUGUCAGUUAUCUUGGCGGCUGCGAAUUGGGGCGCGUGACCCGCGCCGAAUGUGUGGACAGCCAUUUACGAUGAUUCGUCUUCCCGUCGCACAUUCGUGCAUACAGGCCCGGCAUGUCGUCGGUCCGACCUCUGUGAUUGCAUGAGUAGGUUAAGCAUGUCAUACGAUACGCUAGACCAGACUGUUUCCUAGGGUUUAAUCGGCACGUUUUUUGUGAUCCCGCUGCGCGUGAUUGCUCUGAUUCGACGUAUAAUUGCAACACUUGGUUCAUAGCAAUGCUCUCAGGUGUCCUCCUCCUGUGUGUGCCAAAUCUGCUGCAUCCUAGAUAGUGUUUCAUUUUGGAUUCUACGGACGAAAACAUAGGCGUGGGGUUAAACACGCCUUCGGGUGGCCAUUCUGCAUAAAUUGUUCGCUGAGAUAUCGGGCCUCAUGUGCUCUUGCACAGGUUCGAGGAUUUGGUAAAAUAAACAAAAGGGUCGGUGUUCCACCAGGCGCUUUCCUCCUUUUUUACAAGUGUUUGAUGGUGGAGGUUCAGUCUAGGCUCAACUGCCUAGGUUAUGCACACUAUCUUAUCCGUUUAAGAAAAAAUAGCCUCUCAUACCUCCCAAUUUGUUGUUCAUUCCGCCAACUUCCCGCUUUUGAAAUCCCUCUGUCCCCCCACCAGCCACAUUUUUUGUCGAGACUCACGCUCGCCUGUCCCCUCCUCGCCUCUUUUGCCGACGGAAGUCUCCUUCAGUCCCUCCCAGAGGUGAUCCAGCCUCAGGAGAGCGAUCUGACGGCCUGGCGUGGCGUUUCACGACUCUUUGCCGCCGUCGUUCUCGCUCGCACACCGCCUGGCUUUAAAAACCGACCGCCCUAUCUGAAUCCAAAGCUGCUCUGGCUAACGAUGGCCGGUCUGAUUCGUCGUCCUUUCUUUCCCCAAGCGACCGCCGUGGUAAGAUGAAAAGAAAACGGCCGUACUCACUGCGGACGGCCACUUACCACUGAUUUACUUUUUUUCGACUCUUGAUGCUCAUGCCAUCUAACGCAGUGCCCACCAGUUAGCCCGCCCCAAGACCGGCAGUGCUUUCGACUUAUGGGCGGAAUGAUAAGGAAUCUGUCUGACCCUGGAAUGAUUGCUACUCCACUUGUUAAGUGAUGGCCGAUCAGUAGCAUAUCGCGAUUGAAGUUGAGGUUUCUUAUUAAGUUGGAGGCGGACUUGAGGUGCGUACCUGGUUAACCUGUAUGUUGGUUAACGCAGUAGCAUUGAUAAUACCGCGGGGAUUUUGUAAUUAUGAAUCCCAUUUGAUGCUUGCCAGAAGGGCUUCUCUUUAUGGUCCCCCACUAGUGAUUUCCUUGCUAGUUGAUCUGGGGUUAAUUCAGAUUGGCAGUGAUAAUCUUAGCUUCAUGUUCUCGACAGAAAGUAGGUAUUUUGGGAUGUGUAGAGGUAAGCCGUACUAUUGUCGAACGUUCCAUUUAGGUUUUCCUAAACAACCGUAAAUGCGGCGAGGAACUGGCCCAAUGGAUCCUUGCUACAUGCUUAAUUUCAUCUUGAAUGGGCUACCGACAGUUCGACCGUCGUACUCAACGAUGUCCACCGUGUGCUCCACAGCAAGGUGAAACAGGCACGGUGACUUUCACGAGAACUAGUUUAUGGUGAGAGUAUACUUGCUCAAUAUUUACCGCACUCUUUCCUCCUCCCCACCUGGACUCGGUGUCAAGACAGUCAAGAAAGCCGGAGGCGGGGGCGGGGGAGCGCAGGUGGAUGACACGGUCGAGCCCGCACCUUAGUGCUCCACUCCACACCCCUUGGUUCACAACAAACGCUUGACAACCGCUUGAUUUUAACCAACAGCACCGCAACGGGUCAAAAAGACGAGGAUGACUGGACAGCCCUGCUCACAACCUGUACACCCAGCGGGAGCGCAAGUGCAUCUAGCGGCAGGGAACCAGGUGCCAGAGAACCGCCAACGCACACAAGAUUGCUAGGGUCAUGGUCUACUGGUCAUGCCUACAUACUUUAAGGCCGCGAGCUGCCAGGACGACCCAUAGGACACUCCUGAAGCUACUACAAACUUACGCUGUAUUAAUCUUCAUAGCUUAACGCAAUCGGGCAAUUUCGCCAUGAUAAUCGAGGUCAACCAGUCGCAAUCGAGACGCGAUUCCAACACCUUAGAACGACGUAUGUCUCUUGUUCAAAUUCCAUUAAUCACGCAGCUGUACAGAAAGAUGAUAAUAUGCAGACUAUUUGAACGAUCUAUCGGAUCAAAAUGAGCCUGCAAUCGCAACUGACGUUUGAACGUUUACGAAGUAAAUACGUGUAACGCACAGUGUUUUCAGAAAUACCUUAAAUGUCCCAUCUGAUUUUCAUUGUUCAUCUGUCUGUCUCGGAUCCUUUAAGUAGAGAUAUUUGGUACCGUAGUAUGUUGUUUAAUUAUUAUUUGUAUGCUACAUGGAAAAACCAAUACAUUCUUCGUGAAUCUCGGGAAGGAAGUGCUUCUUGAGAACAGUUUAAUAGGUACAAAUUUUAUGCUACUUUAGGCCAUUUUAAUCUUGCAAUCCAGCUCCAUGUCGUACCAUUUUUGAAAUAAUAAAGCCUGAUAGGUAUCGCAGAUUCCCGCUUAGUUUGUUUCAAAGUAAAAAGACAGCAUCCUAACCCAGUAGUUAGUGGUGUCUAGGACACUGGGGAUCGCAGAAGCCCCACAAGUAAUAAUAUGACAUUAGUUAGCAACCGUGAAAAUCCUCGAAUCAUGACACCUAAAAAACCCAUCUGGGCACAUUUCCGCAAAUGAGUAUUAUCGUCUUAUGUGAUAAGAUGAUGUAACGAGUUGAACCCCGCGCAAAAUCGGCGAAAUACGCGUGUCUGGACUUUUAGCUAGUACCUGUGCUGCCAGCGUGGUGAAUUAGUCGGUAUUUGUUUAUUACUGACGGUCUGUUGGCAGCUUGUGAGUAUUACACGAUUAUUCCGCAGUAGUUGAUGGAUUUCAGCCCAAGUAUACAUAUCCUCUUUUUGUUCCCGGAGGAUUUAUUCCAAGUUCGUACACUAAUUUUCGAGGAAACUAAAAAGGACAGGGUAGUCCUUUGCCCCUAUCUUGACACUUGAAGGAGAGACGCGUUGGUCAUUGGCUAAACAAGGUAUUGUGUAGUCGCUGCUACACAGAAGUCAUAUAGGUCUGACCGACGCUUCUGGUCGGCACAACUUCACCCACUUUUCUGUACCUUGCGCCAGCUCGGACAAUAUUUGGCGUUGUUAACUCGACGGUGGCAUCCGUUAUCAGGCUACGCAAUGCACGGCCAGUAGACAGACCAGACUUAAUUUUCGACUGUUGAAACAAAUUUCCUAUUGACUACUUGGUAGAUCAAGAAUAUGUGUCCUCCCUGCACUAUCUUCCUACAAAGUGCCUUUUUAAUGCAUUAAAACAAGCUUUCCGGCCAAAUAGGAUUUGUUCCUUUUUGCAUAUUUAAGUAAGCCACGUUUCAUCUCCUAGAAGGCUCCUAUUACCUCUAUCCCCAUAUUACGGAUGACCUUGUUUCAUAGUUUAGGGGACGGGGGCAGGGGUUAUGGGUACACAUAUCCGUGUCCGACCUACCACUUUUGUACUUUCUCUGCAUUAUUCGUAGCAUUAUUCACCCAUUUGGUAACUCGCCCUCCCAGCACUGUAGCUCACAUUUACAACAAAGUGGUUAUGUGUGUAGGGAAACCGAGUCGUGUGUGGCACACAUACACACAGUGCGGCGCUGUUUAACUCUGGCAGUCACGCGCACCCAACACCGACCGGCUCGGACAGUGUACUGGUGUCUGAGAAAGGGAGGCAAGAGCGAGGUCGCCUCUCUCGACUGCGUCCCCACGACACGUCAGCGUACUCCUCACUAUGGUCUGAUACGCUUUGAAGGUAUCCAAACGCGCUAAAAGUCGUGGUUUGGAGAAAGAUUAUCUCCCGGCUUUACAAAUUUUCGAAUUGUGAAAUUCUUUAAGACCGUGAAAUCUCCAAUCAUACAGCAGCGCAUCAGCGUGUUUACUAAUGUCGCUUAUAAAGUAGAGAACAUGGUCCAUAUUCAUUGCAAACUUUUACGGGGCCUAUACGCCCCAUUCAUAAUAGCAUAUAGAAAUGUGUGGUUUUCCUUACACGGAAAGUAUACCGCUUGUAGCUUGGAGACCCUGAAUGCACGCGUAACUGCAGGUCGGGCACAAAAUUAUUCGGGAAUUUAAAGUUUUUAAAACCGAAUGAUACUCUUCCCUCAAGUGCAAGAUUUGGGGCAGACGUAAUUUACUACCAAAUGAGUAAAAGGAAGAAUAUUUUUUGUGUUGAACAUAUGUCUAACCCGCCCCCUCUAUGCCUAGACCUGCUGGACUGGGCGUUCUUGAGUGCCGUUUCUUGAGACCCAUGUUUUGAGCAAGAUACCCAGAAUUUACCUCAGGUCUGACCAUCUGGGCCCUUUGGACUAGAUUGCGAAAAUAUCGCGGGCCGUUCAGACGUAAAUCCUGAAGGGACCAAACACAGUCCUAAUCCUACGCCCCAUGGAUUUAGUGUUGAUGUCCUAAAUCCAACACCGCUUCCUCUUCGAAGGCCAAGCAGACUUGCCCACUCCCAGACGCGACUCGACAGUCCUCCAAACUUGGCAAUUCAUGGCUGAAACAGAGCGCGGAUCCAUAUGCUCUGCUCGCCACUGGAUAUCGCCACGCAAGGGAGAGCAUGAUGCGAGGUGCCAUUAAACAGCAACUAGAUCAACCACCAUUGAUCCAGUAUCGAAUACGGUCAAGGGUAAUUUACUGUCAGGCAGAACACACGUUUACCAACCGCGUGCUAUGCUCUGCAGUUGUUUAUUUGCAAGGGCUUUUUGACACUAAGAACCACGUUGUAAUAAGCUCCGGCAGGUUGCAGCUCCAACAAUCGAACUCCUGCCCACAUAUAGCCGUAUAACGUGGCCACGACAGUUGUGACGUUUUAAUUUCGUAUAAGACGCAAUGACUUCUUCAAGCAAAAUUCCAAUAUUAAGAUUUCCCUUCAUUUGCGCCCAUUUUUGACUUAUCGUGUGUUUUUUCGUUCUCUGCCUCCUAACCUAGGUCCUCUUGGGUUUGAUUGAGGUUGGGGGAUUCACACUGCGUCGCCUCUAUGGACGACAAACUGACCGCCUCCUGAAGACAAUCACAAAAGUUAUCGACAAUUCGGAAGUCCUCGCCUAUUCUGCUCCCGAACUCGCGCUUAUAACCUGUAUAGAAGAAGGUUUAAAAACUGGCAAGUUCCCCGGCGGGUUCGGAUGUCUUAUGGAUGAUUUUUGGGGCUAG